CACACCGUGUGUCCGAGCCCCUCCAAGCUGCUCAUCAGAGCCGAAAGAAGAAGGAGGAGCGCUGUCAUGGCGGCCAAGGUGGUGAUGGUGGCCGUCCCAACGGUGAUGGGCAUAGCCUCCAUCCGUGUGUAUACUGUGAGCGAUGUGCCCGCUGAUGGACUGGUUACUCGGGAAAAGCUGAACAUCUACAGCCCGCUGCCACCGUCUGCUCAGGCCCGGUUUGUUCCAGAGAGGCCGGGUGUUAUUCAGAGUGGGUUAACUACAGCGAGAGAGCACAUGCGCCCAUUGGUCCAGGCUGUUAAGGGUGCCUGUGUCUCUGUGAAAACAAGAAGUGUGAAUGUAUACUAUGCCGGAGAAGAUGUGUACUAUUACUUAAAAGACCCUCCCCCGGGUUUUCUACCCAGAUUUGGAACCGUCACCAUGGCUGGCGUACUUGGCAUGUUCUUGACACGGAAAGGCUCUCACUUCAAGAGGUUAGCCGUUCCACUGGGCCUGAUGAGUGCAGGAGCUUCAGUGUGCUACCCGGCUCAGACGGUGGCUGUGCUGAAGGUGACGGGUAAGAAGGUGUAUGCUGUCGGGCAGUGGAGCAGCGCUGCAGUGUCUUCACUGCUCAGCUCCAAGUCGCAGGACAUCAAAGACGUUGCUGCUUCACAACCACAGACAGCUGCAGUAGUUGACGAGGCCUCAGAGCCCAGCUCAGCCCAGAGCUCUACAAUCCCAGAGAGAGAGGUUGAAUCAGCCGAGUCUGUUGUCGCUGUCAUAACAGAGGAGGCGUCGUCAGUAGAACCAGAGAUUUACCCCGACCAGACCCCCACAGAGACCAACGCAGGUCCAGUGGCACAUUCAGUGCCAGUAGAGACAACGGCCAUCGCAACCUCUGAAGAAAUCAAUGCAUCUGUUGGAAGUGAGGAGCCCUCAGACACAAAACGAGCAGCAGAGGAUAUCUCCACUGACGCCAGCCCAGCUGAGCCCACGCCAAGCUUAGAACCAGAGACCUUGACGGCUUCUCCGGUGGAGUCUGUCCUGGUGGAGGUCGCCGCUCCAGUGGAGGUCGUCCCGGUGGAGUCUGUCCCGGUGGAGGUCGCCGCUCCGGUGGAGGUCGCCGCUCCGGUGGAGGUCGUCCCGGUGGAGUCUGUCCCGGUGGAGUCUGUCCCGGUGGAGUCUGUCCCGGUGGAGGUCGUCCCGGUGGAGGUCGCCGCUCCAGUGGAGGUCGUCCCGGUGGAGUCUGUCCCGGUGGAGGUCGUCCCGGUGGAGGUCGCCGCUCCGGUGGAGGUCGUCCCGGUGGAGUCUGUCCCGGUGGAGUCUGUCCCGGUGGAGUCUUUCCCGGUGGAGGUCGUCCCGGUGGAGGUCGCCGCUCCAGUGGAGGUCGUCCCGGUGGAGUCUGUCCCGGUGGAGGUCGUCCCGGUGGAGGUCGUCCCGGUGGAGGUCGCCGCUCCGGUGGAGGUCGUCCCAGUGGAGGAACCACCAACUCCAAAAGCCUCAAAUGAGCCAACAGUGCCAGUUGUUGAAUCAGCUGAGCCGGAACCUUCUGUCCAACCCGAGUUAACUGAGCUGCCACAAGCUGCUGCUGUGGACGAGACUCUCACACCACAGCUGGCACCAGGAGGCAGCAAAGGGGGCUCUGGCUUCAAGCAGGACCCUGCUCUGAUGGACUUUGGCCAGUCCAACCCCGAGGAUGAAGACCUGUACAGCACACGCAGCUGAGGCCACAUUCAGAACUACAGACCCUGUAUCAUUACUCAGGAAGUCUUUCAUCAACAUUUCCAUUCUCAUUUCUUCGGCCCACAUCAUUUUUAUUUCCACAGAAAAGGUCCUAGUACGUUCCUCAGUGCUGAGUCAGUUUGAGUAGGACAGGAACAAGGAUCACGCCCACUGCUGUUUACAAGUCUUUUCAUCCACAGAUGGCAGAUUUGUCUUUCUGUUUGUGUCAUUUAACAAUUAUUGGCUUUUGUGCGACAACUUUCACAGUCAUGAGUGCACGGUGCUUGUAUUUACUGUAAUUUAUCUGCUGAAAAUACUGCACAUGGAUUGGUAAUGAUUACAUGAAGGACUAUUGCUGUUGCAUUGUGUGACAUGAAGAAUUGUCCAGUUAUUUAGAACCAAAAAUAAAUAUAUUUUUCAUGAUU